AAUUUAUUUGCAGUAUAAUCAAUAACUGAUGCAAUUUAAUCCAAUAGUAUAUUGGAAAUAUGAGCAAUUAGAACAAAUUUAACACAAAACAUAAGGUAGCAGAAAUUUGACAGAUGGUAAAUUUUUUCUGCUAAACUUGUUUGCAAAAGCAAGAAAGAGAGCGCACGCAAAAUAUUUGAUGAUAUGGAAAAAUAAUCAUACGUUAAGAUGAGUACACUACAUCUUCACACAAAAAUAUGAAAAUUUUUAUUGGAAUAUCGAACAAUAUCAAAUUAAAACAGAAAAAUAAUCUGUGUGCUUUAAUUCAAAAUCUAAAAAGCAUUUUUAGCUAAUUUUAAUAGCUCAUUUUACGUGAAAUUAUGAAAUGAAAUGAUGCAGUGCAAAUUAAAUGCUGAAACUUAAAUUGGAUACUAAAAAUGUGUGCUGGCUCUUUUGUGGGGCCAUAAUAACGUCAGUGCUCCCAAAAAAGAAAUAGCAACAACAAUAAUCUGUAAUCCGUAAAAACAGUGCUUGUCAAGACUUUUUGUAAGCAAGUAAAGAAAAAAAAAAACGCUAAAUAUGAAUUCGAGAGGUGACGUCAACAGACGGGUAUUGGCAAUACAAGCAAAGAAAAAACGUCAUAAGCCAAACAAAAGACGAGCCAAGGCAAAUGGUGUAGCCGGUGGUCAAAAUGGACAAGGGCAACCGCUAACACAAAACACAACUCCACCAAAUUGUAAUACAAAUGGUGGAGGUAUUGGUGCGCCACCAACAUCACCACUUUCAGCUCCAGAAUUCGGAAUUAAUCAUAAAAUGUCAAAAUCAUUUUGUGGUGCUCCAUCACCAAGCGCCAGUAAUUCGAUACCUGGUCUAGGUGCAUCUAUAGAUUUUCCUGAAUCAAUGAAAUUCUUGCAAGAUAAACCAAUCUUUGAUAAAAAGAAUGUCGUAAACCACUAUGAAUGUCGAUUGCUUCAACAACAACGACAACAACAGCAGCAACAGCAACAACAAUUUCAACAACAACAGCAAUAUCAACAACAACAGCAAUAUCAACAACAACAACCAGAACGAAGUUCUUCCUACGAUUCAGAUGCGACUGACUUAAAUAGCGAAAAUGAAGAUCAAGAGUUAAAAGAAGAUUAUUGUAAAGGUGGUUACCAUCCCGUCAAUAUUGGCGAUCUUUUCCAAGGUCGUUAUCAUGUCUUACGGAAAUUAGGAUGGGGUCACUUUUCGACAGUUUGGCUUUGUUGGGAUUUUAAUGAAAAUCGUUAUGUGGCUAUUAAAAUUGUGAAAUCCGCACCGCAUUUCGCCGAAACAGCCAAAGAUGAAAUAAGAAUACUCAAAUCUGUUCGGGAUUCGGAACCUGAAAAUCCUAAACGUCAAAAAACCGUGCAAUUAUUAGACGAUUUUAAGAUAAAUGGUGUGAAUGGUACACAUAUUUGUAUGGUUUUCGAAGUGCUUGGUGAUAAUUUACUCAAGCUCAUACGCAAAUCUAAUUAUCGUGGCAUACCCAUUGAGAAUGUGAAAUCAAUAACGCGUCAAGUGUUGGAAGGUCUGGAUUAUUUACAUGCAUGUUGCAAAAUUAUUCAUACUGACAUAAAGCCUGAGAAUGUACUUUUAUGUGUUGAUGAUACAUAUAUACGCUCUUUGGCCAAUGAAGCUACCGAAUUGUAUGUUAUGAAUUCGAAAAUGUUUCCAUCAUUUGUUAGUCGUGCACCAAAAGAAUAUCGUGAACCGCAAAUUACUGGUAAAAUGAGUAAAAAUAAAAAGAAAAAAUUGAAAAAGAAAGCGAAGAAGCGUUUGGAACUCUUUAAAAAGCAAAGAGAUUAUUUAGAACAAAAUCAAGGCGCACAGCCUGAAAAUAAUAUUGAUGGUGUUGUUUUAAGUGAUGAUGCACCUCGCGAAAGUGGUGCUGGAGGUGAUGAAUUAAAUAUACAAUCAGGUGAAGAAACUGGUGCCGAAUCUAAUGGGGCUAUGUUAAAUGGUGAUGCAUCAUCAGAAAUUGAAGAUCUCGAACAGAAUUGUGUCAUAAUUAAAUCUAUAAAAGAAAUUUUAUCUGAAGUUAACACUGAGGAGCAAGAAGAAUCAGACGACUUGGAAAUAAUUUCUGAAAAUAAAAUUACUGAAAUAAAAAAAGAAAACAAACAACAAACAAAUGUCGCCGAGUCUGAAAAGACAGAACAAAAGAAGAAGAAAAAGAAGAAAAAUAAAAGUAACAAGGAGCUGACACAGCAACAAAAGUCGCAGCAACAAUCGCAGCAACAGUCUGAUAGCAAAUCCACAUCAAGUAGUGGAAGUAAUACGGUUAAAUGUGAAGCGAAUGAAUCGAGCGGCUCAUCACCAACUUUAAAAGGACAAUCAACAAAGAAAAAAAAUAAAAAGCAAAAAAAUAAUUCAGAGAAUAAUAAUAUAUCUUCGACUAUUACAAAUACAAAUAAUAAUCAGAAAAUCUCAAAUGACCAACAGCCACAUAUGAAUUCUGCCAACGUGAAUGGAACAAUAAAUCCAAACACAAAACCUUUAGUUAAAAAGGAUCCAGCACUUGAAGCUUGUGAUUUUCAAGUGAAAAUUGCCGAUUUGGGUAAUGCUUGUUGGGUAGACAAGCAUUUCACCGAAGAUAUACAAACUAGACAAUAUCGUUCUUUAGAGGUUAUACUCGGUGCUGGUUAUGAUACAUCCGCUGAUAUAUGGAGCACAGCUUGUAUGGCAUUCGAGUUAGCAACUGGUGAUUAUCUUUUUGAACCACAUUCAGGUGGAAAUUAUACACGUGAUGAAGAUCAUAUUGCGCACAUUAUUGAAUUACUUGGUCCAAUACCAUUAAAUAUUAUCUUCCGAGGUGCUUAUGCUACGCAAACCUUUAAUCGUAAAGGUGAAUUACGUAAUAUAACGGGCCUUAAACCAUGGGGUUUAGUUGCUGUUCUGUACGAGAAAUAUGAAUGGCCACGUGAAGAAGCAGAGGCAUUUGCGAAUUUCUUAAAACCAAUGUUAGAAUUUGAUCCGGCUAAACGUGCCACUGCUGCGGAUUGCUUGAAACAUCCAUGGCUAAGAUAAAAUACAAUUAAUUGUUGUUGUGCAGUUUCGCCAUCAACUUUAACAUUAAAAGAAACUAAAGCACUGCAUACUAAAUCUGCUUCAUCAUCACCAUCCAACAGGUUAGUAACACAUACAUUAUGUUGGCGAAACACAUUGAGACGCAUGUUUCAAAGGAAAUGACUAUGACAUAUUGUGUUAGUGGUUAGUAAAUGGAUCUGUGUAAGAAAAUAUGAUAUAAAUUAAUGUUAAUAAUUAUGCAAAUAUGCCACUAUUUAAAUUAUGUAUUUAUUAAAAUUACAGUAAUUGCGAUGAAUUACGUAUAGUAAAAUUAUGCAGCAUUGCACUAACAAUCUAUUUCGAUAAAAAUUGAACACAACCAUAAUAUAUUAUUGCAAAAAAUUUUAUUCAAAUAAAUAU